AAAAUAUCUGGGUGGAAUUCAAUAUAUGACAGGCUUACCCGAUAUUGUAAUCAUUAUUGAUCAGCACAAAGAAUAUAUAGCCUUGCGAGAAUGUAUAACUUUAGGAAUUCCAACAAUUUGUUUAAUCGAUACUAAUUGCGACCCCAAUCUAUCAGACAUUUCAAUUCCAGCAAAUGAUGACGCUAUCUCUUCAAUUCGAUUGAUUCUUAACAAAUUAAUAUUUGCAAUUUGUGAGGGCCGUUUUAGCUAUAUAAAAAAUUCUUGAUAAAGAAAUUAAAAAAUAACUAAUAAAAAACUUACUUCAAAAAUAACAUAGAUUCCUUUCAUAAGUUAGAUUUUUUGAUUUGUUUCUAUUAUUCUAUUAAAAAGGACAAGAUCCAAUUCAAUUAGACAAAUAGAUUUUGGCAUUAAAAUAAUUAAGGGGGUAAUAUGAAUCUUUUUUUUUUUUUCUAGCAAUUACCCCAUGGGGUUAUACGAGAUAUCUGGUGUAGAAGUGGGUCAACAUUUAUAUUGGCAAAUAGGGAAUUUCCAAGUACACGGCCAAGUACUUAUCACUUCUUGGGUUGUAAUUGGUAUCUUAGUUGGUUCUGCUACUCUAGCUGUUCGCAACCCACAAAUCAUUCCUAAUGGGGGUCAGAAUUUAUUUGAAUAUGUUCUUGAAUUCAUUCGAGAUGUGAGUAAAACUCAAAUUGGAGAAGAGUAUGGCCCUUGGGUUCCUUUUAUUGGUACGAUGUUUUUAUUUAUUUUUGUUUCUAAUUGGUCCGGGGCUCUUUUACCUUGGAAACUACUUAGAUUACCUCAUGGGGAGUUAGCCGCACCCACGAAUGAUAUAAAUACUACUGUGGCUUUGGCUUUAAUUACGUCAGCGGCAUACUUCUAUGCGGGUAUUUCAAAAAAAGGAUUAGGUUAUUUCGCUAAAUAUAUAAAACCGAC